GUGAGGGCAGCCUCCUCGUGCUGGACGAGACGCUGACAUUCGGGCAUUAGGGGCGGUUGGGGGCCACGCAUGCGCACGAGGGACGGACGUUGGCAGACUUGCAUAUAAAGCUAGAAGAAAAUGUUUGAAGUCUUUAUAAUAAAGAUUGAAAGCCCAGACUGCUUUUGGGGCAGCAUAAAAGGAGGUGGAAAUUUUGUAGACAAUGAAAUGGCAUAUAAAAAGCUUCAGUUUGAGAUGAAUCAGUUCUAUAAUCUAACACAUAGAGGCCUGGAUGAAGUCAAACCAUCAGUAUUGAAAGAGGGACAGGUUUGUGUUGUUUAUUCCCAGGAGGAGAACUCCUGGUGCAGAGCAAUUGUUGAAUCAAUAAUUUCAUGUACAGAUAAUUACCUGGCAGAAUGUUUCCUUGUGGACUAUGCCAAGAACAUUCCUGUGAAAGCAGAGAAGAUUUGUUGUGCCUUAGAAUCAUUUAUGAGAUUGCCCUACAGAGCACAGAAGUUUAGAUUAUACCAUAUAAAACCUGUAACAUUACGUGUCAACUACUAUACCAACAAUGCAGAGAUAGUUCCUGCUACUAAAUGGAAUAUUGCGGCUAUCCGGUAUUUCCAAGACCUCUUGGAUGCAGCUAGCCAGGUGGAGGCCAAGUUAUGUGCUGUUGAAGAUGACACUUUUGCUGUCUAUCUUUAUGUCACAAAAAGGGGUGAAAAGGUAUGUGUGAAUGAUGAUCUUGUUGCAAAGAACUUUGCUUCUUCUGAGAAGAAUGAGGAAAGAUCUAUUAUUAUGGAAGAACAAAACCAAGAAAUACUAGGUCUCGAGUCUGUCUCAGUGUCAGAGAUCAGUCCUGCACAUAUUCUAUCGCCAACAUCGCUGGAUAUCAAAGAACCCAAAGCUGUUGAAAUGUGUAAUGCUGUUUCUGAUGACUUUGAGAAAAGUAUAAUGAAGAUUCUACCAGAACCUGCCUCACAAAAUAGAGAUGUAAUGGUGGCAAUCCCUUCCCUGAAACCAGGUGUAAAAGUUUCUGUAACGGAACUGCAAACAGACAGAAGCGAAUUGAGGCAAGUUGCUACUGGUGUGAGAGAAUUAGCCCUCUUCAAAGACGUUUCCCAGGAAACACCCAGAUGUGUUACCACCCUGCAGGGGGCUUCUCUCAUGUCCCUGCAUGAAGCUAGGGCUGACAGAUGGGAGCUCACCCCGUCUCGAGGAUUCGAACCACCAACCUUCAGCACCUCAUUUAAGACAACUGCAAAUGCAAAGGAGAUAGAAGAAAGUCUUUACAACGGGAACACAAGCACGAAGUUUGAGCAGAGGAGUGCUACAAAAGAAGCAACGGAGAUCUCAGAUGAUAUCAGGCUUCUACAGUUUUUAAACCCUUAUCCUUUGAAAGCUGCUGAUGCAGAAGAAGAGACGGGGGAGCAUCAGGUGAAUCUCAGUGCACACUUCCCGGUUGUUCUUAGUCAUAAAAUCGCGCCAUGCACAUCUCUUGAAAAAGCACCAUUGUUUCCAGCUCUAAAACAGGAGCUCCUGAGGAAGAAAUUUGUGGGCCCUAAUCAUGUGCAAUCAUAUUCCUGGCCAGCAAUAGCCCGUGGCUAUGAUUCAGUAGUCAUCUGUCCUGAAAAUGACCCACUUAUAUAUCUUCUGCCAAUUAUUACAUUUCUGCAGUCAAGGAAUUGCUAUCUGUCCUUGCCAGCUAGGAAUGGCCCAGUUGCAUUAAUCAUAUGUACCAGGCAAAGGAAAGCAGAACUAGUUUUUGAGUUUGUGGAAAAAUACACUCAUUGUUCCAGGCCUCUUCACCCCUUAUUGCUCUCAGUGGGAAUGAAUAAAGAAGAAAUCAAGAGUGUGAGAAUUCCUAGAGGGUGUGAAUUAAUUGUAACAACCCCGUAUAGCCUUUUGCGGUUACUUGAGUGCCAUAGCUUAAUGUUCCUCAGGCUGUGUCAUCUUGUGCUUGAUGAAGCUGAAGCCCUAUUCUCUGAAGCUAAUGAUCAAGUAUUUAAUAUUUUAGAACAUUACAAAAGAAGCCUGAAUGAUGAAGUGAAGGAGUAUGUGCCCCAGCAAAUUGUUGCUAUUGGAAGUCGCUGGACCAAAAAACUGGAAUAUUUAACUAAAGAGUUCAUGAAUGAUCCAUAUGUUGUGAUCACAUCCUUGGAAGAAGCCGCAAUAUAUGGGAAUAUACAGCAGGUGGUACAGGUUUCCCUUGAAUGUAACAGAAUCUCCAUUUUACUUCAAACACUGGAUUUCACUCCUCAUAAUGCUCAGAAGACAUUGAUUUUCACCAGUUCUGUGGAAGAAACAGAUAAUAUUUGCAAGGCAGUAGAGAGCAUGUCAGUAUUUUGCUUGAAAAUGCAUUCAAAAAAUGGAUUUCAACUUGAUCAUGUUGUAGAGCAGUGGAACAAAAGGUUUGGCUCUGGCACACAUGCUGUAUUGGUUUUAACUGAUGACUGCAUGCCAGCCUUAGGAGUUACAGAUGCAACGUGUGUCAUUCAUUUCAGUUUUCCUACAUCUCCAAGAAUCUUUGGUGCACGCUUAUACUGCAUGUCUGAUCAUUUCCAAACCUCUAUGGAAAAGGUUUCACCUCUAGCAAAAGAGCAACCAAAGGCCAAAUCCAUAUUGUUGUUGACAGAAAAUAGUGCAUGGCAUACUGUUGGUGUAUUAGAUUACUUAAAACGUACAGAAGCCAACAUUCCACCUGAAUUACAUGACUUUACAUCUGGAGUGCUGGAUGCCAAAGAAAAUUGUAAGAGUGGGAAGCCUUUUUGUCGCUACCUGAAAGUGUACGGCUUUUGCAAGGAUAAAAAACGCUGCCCUGAUAGACAUCGAAUUAGUUUACAAGUAGAUUUCCCCAAAGGAGAGAGAAAUAGCACUCAGCCAACAGCUGGAAACGUAACUAUCCUGCCUCUGUUUAUCGUGGAUGCUACAAACUACUUCGGCCGCAUAGUAGAUAAAACAAAGGAUCAAUAUACUGCUCUAGAAAAAGAGAUGCAUCAAUAUUAUAAGAAAUCCAGUAAUUGCAUCUCUGUUAGUUUGGUGGAAAAGCUUGCCUUAUAUGGAGUACAUGAGAAAAAUUAUAUUCAUAGGGUUCAGGUGUUACAAAUUGCACCCAAAGAAGGGAAAUGUGUGUUUUAUAGUAUUCAUGUCAAGUAUAUAGAUGAAGGCAGAACUGGCCAAGUUCAAAAUUAUCAGUUGCUUUCUUUACCGGAGCAUUUUCAGGUGUUGCCUCCUCAAGCGGUGGAAUUCAUUGUCUGCCGUGUGAAACCCAUUGAUAAUGAAGCAGAGUGGAACCCAAAGGUGAAUAGAUACAUAAACCACAAGAUCAAAGGACAACUACAUGAAGCAAAAAUAGUACAUACUCUAAACAAUACGAUUUGGGUGGAUCCAGUGGUUCGAGUCACCAAACUUCCAGAUCUGAAAACAUAUAUAAAUGAAUACAAUAUUCGCUCUGAAAUCCUAGCUACCGGUUUUGGAGUCGAUAAUCCUGAGCACAUAUGUGAACUCCAGAGGUUGUUUAGAGAAGCAGAAAUAGCCUUUGAGAAAAAAGACAUGCCUGCAUUAAACGGUCCUCUGAAAGGUGAAACCAGUGAGCAGGCCACAUGGGCUUCACUCAGCAUCUUUGACCAGACUACUCCCAACUCACAGACCACUGAGGAACCGGUCCUGCCCAGUGUACAGAAUACAAAAGAGAAAGAUGCUGCUAUUAUCAAGGAGAGCGAUUCUCAAGUAACUUUGCCAAACCACUGUAAUGGAAUGGUUCAACGGGAGGAAGGACAUCACUCUCUCCAACCUGCUGAUGCAUGCUUGCAUCCAGCAAUAAAGUGGUUUGAAAAAGAAGAUGUGGUUGUUCUGAAGAUAAAAGUGCAAAACAUCACUAAUCACGACUGCAAGUUUUUUACACAGAGGAUAAUGUUCAGUGGUUCUGCGGAAGGCAAGUUUUAUUUGGCUGAUCUGGAACUGCAAGAAAACAUUGUUGAGGAAAAAUCCAGAUGUGUCCUUCGAGGCAAUGAGGUGGUUGUUAGCCUUGCAAAGGAGAAGAAGGGAUCUUGGUGUCGUUUGCUGAAACAGAAGAACCCACAUGUGUCUUUUGAUUUCGAUUACCUGGAAGACGAUUCUGAAGAAAGUGGUUUCCCUAUUUCUGAUCCUGAGGGAAUGUUCAAAGCUUACAGAAUGUCAUGGGAACUGGAACAAGAAUCCUUUGAUGAAAGCGAGACAGAUAGCGAUGCAUCGACUUGUUAAUCCCGAUUUGGAAUUGAAGAUCUGGAUAUCGUAUUUCACAUAAUGAAAAGAUAAUUUUAGAUUUUACAACGGGCAUUUAAACUUUGUCAGUUGAAACAGUGGGUGUCAUUCCCGUAAGUGGUAGAAUCUCAGCUUUUCAGUCAUCAGGAAAAGUUAAGGAUUUUGAAAAAGUCAAGCGAUUGGAAAUAUUUGCUCUUUGACAAAUGUCAUAAAACUGUAAUCCUUCAAAUGUUUAUUUGGAAAUGCGUUCAACUAGUUGCCUUGAGAUUUAAUUUCAUGUAGGCAAAAGGAAGUGUAUUUAGUUAAGAAUAAUAGCAGUAACAGCACACUGUAAUGGAAAUACCUUCGGUAGGUAAAUAUAUUAAUUAAUAUUGGCUGAUAUUCACAAUCGCAAUUUCAAAUGAAUUGCUUGGAGUUACACAUCCAUAACUGAUUUGUAUUCACAAUUCUUUUUAAUUCAGUUGGGUAGGAAUAUUAGAUAUAUAGUAUGUGCAGAAAAUCUUUUGUGUUCAGAAAAUGAGAAGAUUUGAUUUGUUUGAAACCUGUUUGGAGAAAAGAUUUCAAGUUGUGUAAUGCAUUUGUUGUGCCAGUCUAAACAUCUCAGGCCCCUUCUACACAGCUGUAUAAAAUCUACAUUAUCUGCUUUGAACUGGAUUAUAUGGCAGUGUAGAAGGGGUCUCAGUCUCCUCCUUGCAAGAUGAGAAGUAACACUAAAAAUAAAUCUCACUUCCCUUGAAAUCUUACAAUUGGAAGCUGAUAGUGAAUUACAUUCAGAACAUGUACAUAUUCUCCUGGAUUGGCACAAGAUUGCAAUGACACUCCUGGCCUUGGAGUAAAUGGAAUUGUUACUUUAUCCUCCUCAUCAGUAGUCCUUUGCAUGUUCCUCACUCCUACAGAGUAGCUACACAAAUCUAGGAACUUGCUAAAUCUCCUGUUGCAUCUCUGCAUAGUAGAAAAGGGCCAUAGUUAUGAAGAACUGAUAGAACUACAAGUUAUGUUAUAAAAUCCUCCAAUUUAUCUCUCAUUAAUUGACACCGACGGGUGCCUAAAGCAACUUAAGAGUUCUGUUUUCUUCUAGUAUAUUGAUACAUCCGUAUGUUAUAGUUUUCUCUCAUUUGACCUACAGUAAAAGAAUGUUCUUCAAAUUUAAACCAGUAUUGGAUAAAAACUGACUUAAACUGCUGCUUCACAGCAUAAUAUACAUUUAAGUGAUUUAAAAGCAAUGUGUUGUCGAAGGCUUUCAUGGCUGGAAUCACAGGGUUGUUGUGUGUUUUCCGGGCAAUGUUCCAGAAUACUUCUGGAACUUCUGGAAUAUGGCCAUACAGCCCGGAAAACACAAAACAACCCCGAUUUAAAAGCAAUUUACUGAUGUUCUAUGGUUUUCAAAGAUGGCUGCAAUAAUGGGGAAAUUAUAGAGACUACCGCCUGACAUGUGUAUACAAAAUGUAUUGUAAGACUACUUUUGAGUCCGUGGAAGUAUUGGGGAUGGAAGAGUAUCUUGCAAUACUUUUACCCUAAGUCAGGUUGCUAGUCCUGGCUAGUGGUGCACCUACACUGUAGAAUUAAUGCAGUCUGACCACAUCAUCAUAGCAGUUGUAGUUUUACAAGGUAUUUUGCUUCUCUGCCAAAAAAUGCUGGUAUGGACUAAAGUACCACUUCCAGAAUUCUAUAGUCUUGAGCCAAGUGAUAUCAGUCUGCAUUAAUUCUACACCUUAAGUGCACCCCGAUUGAAGAAUUGGGGUUUAUUUAUGUGUUGACUUAUCCGUUCAGCAAUUGGUUGAUUUACUUUAACUGGGACUAACUAACAGAAUGUCAGCCUAUUUUCUUCAACUGUGCAAACUAUCUAUCACAGGCUUGGGCCAACUUCAGCCCUUCCGCCAAGUGUUUUGGACUCCAACUCCCACAAUUCCUAACAGCUAGUAGGCUGAAGUUGGCCCAUGCUUGAUUUAACACUUCUCCCACUUUGAAUGUUUGGAUUCAGCAUAGUCUAUCAGUCAAAUGUUAGGAAGAAAGGGCUGUUAUACUAUUUUUUCCCCACAAUCGCAAAGGGUCAGUUUACCUCUUUAGUACAAGUCUGAGUACUUUUCAUUUUAAGCCUUGAGAAAACAAUGCCAGUAUCUCAUUUCUAUUUUCUUAUUUGGCUCGUAGCACCAUUUAGGUGGCGUUACAAUUUCACUGUGUUUUAAAUGUGUUUCAUUAAUGUUACUGUUUAUAGUUCCAUUUCUCCAUUUUGUUUUACGUUACUUAGUUUCCUUGUUAUUAAUUUCUUUCUUUCUAUAUCUUAUGUAUUGUGUUUACUCGUGUUGUGAGCCACCCAGAGUCCUUUCAGAGAGAUGGGGCAGAUAUAGAAAUAAAGAUUAUUAUUAUUUCACAAAAUCCUGUUGGGAGUGUGUACUAAUGAAAUGAAACCGUAUUGUAAUUGUUGUUUUCUUUAUAAUUUCAUUUUCCAUUUGAUCCGUUAUGGCAAAUCAUUAUGAUAAUUAAAAAAGCAUUCUUCAAUCUUC